GGAAACACACUAUACUUACAGCAUGAGCUUCGGGUCUGGGUGCUGGUCCCAGCAGUAGCCCAGAGAAGGUUCAGGAGGUAAAAGCUGGAAAGCAGAACCUUCCCCAGUCAAGCUUUGAGAUGAAGGAGGCACCAGGCGGCAUCUUGACUUCAGCCUUGUGAGAGACCCUGAGCCAGAGGACCCAAGUGUCUGAAAUUGAACUUUCAGAAGCACCUUUUCGUGAUAGCACCCUACUGGAGAAGGCUGCCCCAUCACCACGCCAGACAUGGCUGACAUUUUUGAAGAGGGAGCUGGAAUUCCUAGGGGUAACACAAAUUCUGAUUGGUUUCAUGUGUUUUUGUUUUGGAACAAUUGUCUACUCCGUGUUCAAGAUUUCAGAAUUUGAGAAAGAUUUUUUUUCAUCAUUUAAAGCAGGCUACCCAUUCUGGGGAGCAGUAAUUUUUACCAUUUCUGGAUUUUUGUCAAUUAUGUCUGAAAAUAAAAAUGCAACAUAUCUGGUGCAAGGAAGCCUGGGAGCGAAUUUGAUCAGUGGCAUAGCUGCAGGAACAGGAAUCUUUAUCCUGGUCACCAACCUAAAGAACAGCUUGGCUUAUAUCAAUAUUUGCCAGGAAGGUUAUGAGGAUGACUUCUGUAUAGCGGCCUUUUUUUCCACAGAACUUGUGGCGAUGAUCCUGUUUCUUACCAUUCUGGGGUUUGGGGCUGCUGUGUUACUCAUAGCCUACAGAAUUGGAGAACUAUUCAAAGAAAAUCAGAUUCCAGAAGAUCGUCUCUAUGAAGAAUUAAACAUAUAUUCACCAAUUUACAGUGAGUUGGAAGACAGAGUGGAGACAUCUCCCACUGACUCAUAAGAAGUACAUUCAGAACAUUCUCAUCCAUAGCAAAGGAUACAGGAAGCCAAGAUCUUUGUUUAAGGGGAUACUGGCAAAAUUUCAGAUCUCUCUAUGAUCCACCAAUUUUACAUUGUGAUUUAUUUUCCCCAUGGUAAUAUUCUGUUUCUGUACAUCUAAGUAUCCCCGUUGCCCAAUUUGUCAAUAUGAUUGAUUCCUGUUUUUCUUGUUUUCUUUACACCCAUCUCUUCUGGGAAAUCAACAUGCAAUAAGCAUUUACUGUGUGCCUUUAACUGUGCAAAUAGGGAAAACAAGAGGAAGGCUGGUCAAGAGUUGAGUAAAAUUUUAACAGUUUUAUGUAGUUUUCAACGCUUUUUAGAAUUCACAGAAGUGAUGGGCAUGAUACACAUCUCCCACUAGGUUGUAAGCACCAUUUAGCAAACAUAUCCUGAGAACUAAUAAAGUGUUUUAAGUUUUCCACACUUGACUCUUUUACAUUGUGUAUCCCAAUAUUUCAUCCAUAGUGGGUGCUGAGUGUAUAUUUAUGGAGUGGAUGGGUGUAGAUGCAGGGAGAAUAUCCCACCAGGCCAGGCCAGAGGUAGAGUAGAUAAGGAGAAAGAAAUGAUUCUGAAGUGAAUUUGGAGGCAAUAAGACGACCAAAUUGGUACAUAUUAAGCAUAGACUUAGAACGAUAGUCAGAAAUUUGAAUAGAAAUUCUGUAAUUAUGUGUUAAAUAUUUUGAUGGAUUCAUAUCAGGUUAACAAUGGACGCUUCCUGCUUAUUUUGAUCUUAUUAUAUGGAGAAACAUAUUUUGGUAUGUUAGAAAGAUCAUUGAUCUUAUGAA